UUCAGAUUGAUACGAUGUUUGAAUGCAAGUUUUGAACACCAUCCUGGCCUACUUUAAAGUUGUUGGAGGUUUCAAAUAACUAGCUGUCUCGAAUCUAAUUUAGUAAUUUCGAAUUAUUUCAUGAGUGAUUGUUACGUCAACAUGCUCCUUUAAAACUGCAAAUCGCAAAGGUUUCCAAGAGCUCAAAAAAGCGUGUAGGCGCGAAUUUUUGAAAGAGCUUAUUGUGAGCUUGAGAAGAACAAGCAAUUGCUUAAUCAGAAGUUAUAACCAAAAAUUAGUUAUAACGAAAAAGUUAUAAGCAAAAAUGGCUGUGGAUACUCCGGAUGGUGUGUGGAGCAAUCGAUUGGAGUUCACAGAAUGUAUUCUGGACAGUCCUCACUUCAGAUCCACUCUGAGAGGGAAGUACUCGACAUUCGAAGACAUCAGUAGUCAUUUUAAGACUGUCAUCAAGAAUGCACUGAUACUGAAGGAGCAACAGAAAAAAACCCUGGCUGCGUAUAAGGUCCUUCUGGACUCAAUCAGGGAGCACCCGGUGCCCCAUGGAGAAAACAUGACGAGAGACGAGGAGGUCGCAUAUAAUGCAGUGCAUGAGUUUGUGGAUAUGAUGAAGAUGCAAGAAGAGAAAUGUCAAACUGUGCAAGAGGCAGGCCUGGACGCCUUAGUGGCUGGUCUGCAGCACUACCAGAGGAACCACGCAGACACUGUGAAGGAGGACUACAAGAAGUUCAAGAAGGCGACGGAGAAGUACUGUCACAGUCAGGAGAAGUACCUCUCCAUCUCCACCAAGAAGAAGAGCCAGAACAAUCAGCAGGACUCCACUCCCAUUUCAAUCUCAUCCGGCAUGGGAUCUUUCGAAGAGGACAGUCUUGCGAUGGAUCGAACGAUGAUGCAGGACACUGCUACUUUUCACAGUGUCUCCACUGACGUUGUCUGGAAUGUUCUAGAAGGAGAAGAACAGACGAGACUCAACUUCAUCCAGCACAUUUACGAGUUCACAAGGACAUACUUAGCAUCCUUCAUUUGGGGUUACCUGGAAAACGUGAAGAGGUUCCAGGGCUAUUAUCCUUUCCUAGAAGAUGUUAUUGCCUCGAGCCAAAAGCAACUUCAGCUAACUGCAGAAGAAGCGAAAGCACUCCGUGCGAAUAUCUUAAAGGACCCGCAACUAGCAAUAGAGCAGAAGAAAACCCUUUACGACAAACAGGGAUACCUGUGGGUGUAUGAUACGAACAAGAAGAAGAUGCUAGUAUCGACUGCGCAUUCCAAUUUAGCCUCUUCCAAGUACUUUUGUCAGUAUAGAAACAAAGAGAGACAGUUAGCAAUGACUCAGUAUCACCAAGUUAACCCACCUAAAAAUCUCAAUGUCGAGUUCUUCAAAGUGAAGCAGUGCUGCAGGAGGGCAACUAGUGAAAGCGAAAGACAAUUUCUAUUCGACUUGACAGUGGAAAACUCUGAUAAGGUUCUCGUGCAAUUGACGAUGCAGGCACAAUCGAAUGAAGAUAGAGCGCAGUGGUUGAAUGUAAUGGAAGGAGAGGAACCGAUUUACGAGGACUACCGUAAAUUCCAAAGCAUGGGCAUGUACGAGUUGGAUGCUCGGGGCCUGGAGUUCAUUGAUUUCAUUGUAGUCGCCAUUGAAAAAGAAGGAGGACUUGAAACUGAGGGACCCUUCAGGCGACCAGGAGGUGCAAAGAGAGUAUCGGAGUUGUUGGAGGCCUUCUUCAUCUACAGAGACGUGGGAUCCAUCAUGCAGGAUCCAAAUGGCGUCGAAGUCAAGACUCUGACCAGUGCUUUGAAGAGGUUCCUGACUGAACUUAAGGAGCCGUUGAUUCCUUAUCACCUCUAUUACAAAUUGAUCAAUGUGGCAAAGACUUGUGACUCUAAGGAGCAACAGAUCAACCAUGUGCAUUCCAUAAUACAUCAGAUGCCCAAAAACCACUUCCAAGCAUUCAAGAAACUGAACCAGCACUUCGGAAAGAUCAUAGCAGCCAGUGAGAAGACCAAGAUGAAUGCAGCCAACUUGUCUACGUGUGUGGGAACGAGUCUGUUGCAUUCGGAGGGGAAGUCGAUUGCGAAUGUGAUGGAGAUCAAAUUCGUGAAUCAGAUAGUGCUCCUCAUUCUGAACAACUACCAACAGAUCUUUGAAACAACCCCGGAACCUUUUGGGUCAGCAACUAAACAACCAUCAGCUAGAGUAUCCCGGUCAGUUCUUCCAGCAACCGCCACUGAAUCACGAGGAGGAGCAAUCAAAGAUGCAAACCCGAGAAGUGCAAGUGCGGAGUCUCUAGUGGACGGUGCUGCGGAAGAAUAUUCCACAUUCACGAUUGGAAGAGCAGGACUGUUCAAUCGCAGUGCAGCGAGCAGAAGUAGCUUGAAGAGCCACAAAAGUGCACCGAGACCGAGUUCAUUGAAUACUUCAUCGGGCUCUCGAAUUAAAAAUUCCCCCUCGGCUCAUCAGAUUCAGACAACAUCGCCUUCCUCACCCAAUGAGAAUCAUCUAUCGGCAAACAACUUCACCUAUUCGCCCAUUCAAAAUAGACCGCACGACGGUGGAGAUAUACACAAAAUGAAUCCGUUCGGACCCAAAAAUACCUGCGUGCGAACUCUGUAUGAUUGUACUGGCGACCCAAAUCGAGAAGAAUUGUCAUUCAAUGCGAACCAAAUCAUAGUUAACGUCGUUCUUACUGAUGAACCAGGAUGGCUGAAGGGUACUCUUAAUGGAAAAGAUGGUCUAUUUCCAGCCAACUAUUGUCAAGUCGUAGACCCUCUAGAAUGUUUGAAGUUAAGUCCAGAACACUAGAAUUUACCCAUUUGUUGUCAUCAAAUUCGAUUGGAAUUCGACCUGUACGAGAAGAAAUUGCUAUUGUUUUGUACAUAAAUUACAAAAAGAUGAAAACUUGGAGAAUAUUGAGUAUUCGCGGGUAGAGUUAUUGCUUUAUAAAUUUAUUAUUGUUCACUUUACUGUCUCUAUACACUUUUGCCUUUAGAUAAAAAUUUACUUUCGCUUGUUAUUUCGGAUCAAUCAAUCAUGGAUAUAAUUUAAGUUCUUGAUAAAAACGU